AAAAAAUAAAAAAAAUUAUUCACUGUUUCAAACUUCAAACCCCAGCUUCUUAAUUCUCAUCACCGAAUCCGCUGAACCACCGCAGGAAUGGCGAUCGACACCGUGCCGCCGCUCAUCAACGCGCAGCUCACUUAUCUCAUCACCCAUUCUCCUUUCCCCGUCAAGGUGGAACAAAUGUGGUCCGGGAGCAAAAACCCUAGGUUACUUGAUCGCUUCACUCUAGUCAUACCGUAUUGCCUUGACUAUAUCAGAUGGGAUGUUAUUUACAAUGCUAUGUAUCCAUUGGCCGCGCCGGAUGUAAUAUUUGGACCUGACGACGAAAGUUUUCAGCCGUAUUUUGGUGGCAAUGAAAAAUCUUCGAAAAAUGGUCUGGCAGAUUGGAACAGCAAGGAUCCGGCUCGUUUGUUGGCUCUUAUAUUGGAGCUCAGGGCUGCAUAUGUGGCGUACCAGAGAAGACGUAUUGGAGAGGUUGAUGAUGAAAGAUUGAAAUUCGAAAUCAGUACGCUGGUAUCUAGAGAGGGAAUUGAGAUGUAUAUGAGCUCAAUCAAUGAUAAGCCAGAAGAGGUUAAAUUUGCAGUUCCAUUGUUGGACAUUGAUCUAAAUAAAUUGGUUGCUGGAUCGACCUGGAGACAUCCACAGAAGAUACGCUUACAGGUUAUAUUUCCAGUUGGUAAAAAGUAUUCUACUCCUCCAGCCCCUCGUCUAAAGUUGAUUUCUUCUGCGGAGUUGAAAGCUUUAUAUUCUAUUGAAGAUUUCAAACUUCCUUCUUGGCUGGAAGGAAUGUGCACAGCCGAAUAUCUUAUCAUUGUGGAAGAGAUGCUAGAAUCGCAGAUUAAAAAUGCAGUCUCCUCUAUUGAAACAAGGAGGAAAUUAAUCAUGGCAUUGGCGCCUAUUUUCGGUAGACCAAUUGAAGCUGAUCCGGUCUUUUGCAGGAAGGCAACAUUCUUAGCUUCUUCCGGGGUGUUCACUUUUCUGGUCCAUUUUUCUCUCUCCCUUCAGUUCCCAAAGCAGCCGCCAGCUAUAAUACUUCAGAGUUCUCAGCAUUUCAAUUCCUAUGGUGUGCCGAUCAAGUCACCUAACUUAACAGAAUAUCCAUGGAGUCCUAGAUGGGAGCCGUCGAAAAUGGCUGAUCGGAUCUUUGACUUCCUUGUAGACGAGUCUUUGAACUUCAAGAAAUACUGCGGCCAAUUGAUUCAGUAACGAGGUUAUAUUCUUCUGCAGCUUUUGGGCCAUUUUGUAAGAAGGCGUGUAUUACUGUAUCGUGUACGUGUACCAUAUUCAUGCUACUGUAUCUUUGUAAUGUAAAUUUGGAACAACUUGGGAUCCUUUAAUUUUUUUUCUCGAACAAUGGGGUCUCAAUAGGGUUAUUUCCAUGCUACACCCGGUGAAGACUACAGCGGGUGAUUUUUUACUGUUGAUCUACACACACCAAUGUGGGUGUGUGUGUUUUUGUGUGUAUAUGAAUGGUAAAGAUCUACCCGGUGUAGCAUAGAAUAGACCGUCUCAAUAGGCUUAAUGUGCAUAAAGUUUGUUUCUGUGCUUUAGUGAAAAAGAACUGGUGUAACAAAUGUGAGGAUAUUUUUUUUCGAAGUGUUGUUCUAAGCAAGACUGCAGGGGUGUAGUUUGGAACAUAAUUUUCAAAGUUCCCCAACUUCGAAAUGAAAAUAUCCGAUUUUGGCACAA